UGUCCAACGCCGGCGGCCUCGACAAGGCGCUGAAGAUGUCCCUGCAGAGGAGGAAGUCCAAGAUCCACUCGGCGGCCGGACCCCUUUGCCCCCCUUCGGGCUACAAGAAGGCGGACGAUGAGAUGUCCGGGGCCAUGUCCUCUGUGGACCAGGAGGAGGCAGCAGCCCGCACCAUUUACUUGAACCAGCCCCAGCCCUGCAAGUUCCAUGACAACCGGGUCAGCACAGCCAAGUACAGUGUGGUGACAUUUCUACCUCGAUUCUUGUAUGAGCAGAUCAGAAAGGCUGCUAACGCUUUCUUCCUUUUCAUUGCCUUAUUGCAGCAAAUUCCAGAUGUCUCCCCAACUGGAAGAUAUACCACCUUGGUGCCAUUGCUAUUUAUUCUAACCGUUGCUGGCAUCAAAGAGAUUAUAGAAGACUAUAAAAGACACAAAGCUGACAGUACAGUGAACAAAAAGAAAACAGUUGUUUUAAGAAAUGGAAUGUGGCAAAACAUUAUGUGGAAAGAGGUGGCAGUGGGAGAUAUUGUCAAGGUCACCAAUGGGCAACACCUCCCAGCAGACAUGAUCAUUUUAUCUACCAGUGAACCUCAGGCCAUGUGCUAUAUUGAAACAUCUAAUCUUGAUGGGGAGACAAAUCUUAAAAUCCGACAGGGCUUGACACAGACUGCUGGUCUCCAAUCAAGAGAACAGUUGAUUAAAGUGUCUGGGAGGAUAGAAUGUGAAGGGCCCAACCGCCAUCUUUAUGACUUCACUGGAAACCUGCGGUUAGAUGGCCAAAGUCCGGUUCCAGUUGGACCUGAUCAGAUCUUACUAAGAGGUGCACAGAUAAGAAACACGCAGUGGGUUUUAGGAAUAGUCGUCUACACAGGACACGAUACGAAACUUAUGCAGAAUUCAACCAAAGCUCCCUUGAAGAGAUCAAAUGUGGAAAAAGUGACCAAUAUGCAGAUUCUUAUUUUGUUUUGCAUCCUCGUUGUCAUGGCUCUUGUGAGUUCUGUGGGUGCCUUAUUAUGGAACAGAACCCAUGACAAAGUCGUCUGGUACCUUGGCUCAAAUGAAGCGCUGUCAGUCAACUUUGGAUAUAAUCUGCUCACCUUCAUAAUCUUGUACAACAACCUCAUUCCCAUCAGUCUGCUGGUGACUCUGGAAGUAGUGAAGUUUACUCAGGCUCUUUUUAUAAACUGGGACAUAGACAUGUAUUAUAAUGAAACAGACACACCUGCAAUGGCCAGAACUUCAAAUCUUAAUGAGGAGCUUGGCCAGGUAAAAUACCUGUUUUCUGAUAAAACGGGUACCUUAACAUGCAAUAUCAUGAACUUCAAGAAAUGUAGUAUUGCUGGAGUUACAUAUGGUCACUUUCCAGAACUGGCCAGAGAAUGUUCAUCAGAAGAUUUCAGCCAGCUGUCUCCUUCCACCAGCGACUCUUGUGAAUUUGAUGACCCAAGACUGUUGCAAAAUAUUGAAUCUGAUCAUCCCACAGCUGUUCACAUCCGGGAAUUCCUCAGGCUCUUGGCUGUGUGUCACACCGUUGUUCCUGAAAGAGAUGGAAACAAGAUAAUCUACCAGGCUUCCUCUCCAGAUGAAGGAGCCUUAGUGAAAGGAGCAAAGAAGCUUGGCUAUGCCUUCACUGGAAGGACCCCAGAUUCUGUUAUCAUUGAUGCGCUAGGUGAAGAGGAGACAUAUGAGAUCCUUAAUGUGCUGGAAUUUUCAAGUAAUAGAAAGAGAAUGUCUGUCAUUGUUCGGACUCCAACGGGGCAGCUACGUCUCUACUGCAAAGGAGCUGAUAAUGUCAUUUUUGAGAGGCUUUCCAAAGAUUCCCAGUACAUGGAGCAAACGAUGUGCCAUCUUGAAUAUUUUGCCACUGAAGGUUUGAGGACUCUGUGCAUUGCAUAUGCAGAUCUCUCAGAAAACUCUUACCAGGAUUGGUUGAACAUUUAUAAUGAAGCCAGCACCAUUUUGAAAGACAGGUCUCAGAAGCUGGAGGAGUGCUAUGAGAUCAUUGAAAAGGAUUUACUGCUUCUUGGAGCUACAGCCAUUGAAGACCGCCUUCAAGCUGGUGUCCCAGAAACCAUAUCCACAUUAAUGAAAGCAGAGAUCAAGAUCUGGAUAUUGACGGGGGACAAACAAGAAACAGCUCUGAACAUAGGCUACUCCUGCCGGUUAGUGUCUCAGAGUAUGUCUCUCAUCCUUGUGAAUGAAGAUUCUUUGGAUGCAACAAGAGCGACACUGACCCAGCACUGCACGAACCUGGGUGAUUCACUGGGCAAAGAAAAUGAUAUUGCUUUGAUUAUUGAUGGCCAGACGUUAAAGUAUGCCCUUUCCUUUGAGGUCAGACAGUCCUUCCUGGACCUCGCGCUGUCAUGCAAAGCAGUCAUCUGUUGCAGGGUGUCUCCUCUGCAGAAGUCUGAAAUUGUAGACAUGGUAAAGAAACACGUGAAUGCCAUCACCCUGGCCAUUGGGGACGGUGCCAACGAUGUGGGAAUGAUCCAGACAGCUCAUGUUGGAGUGGGGAUCAGCGGCAAUGAAGGCAUGCAGGCAACCAACUCCUCUGAUUACGCGAUAGCACAGUUUUCAUACUUGGAGAAGUUAUUACUUGUCCAUGGAGCUUGGAGUUACAACCGAGUGACAAAGUGCAUAUUGUAUUGCUUUUAUAAGAAUGUGGUUCUAUACAUUAUUGAGCUUUGGUUUGCAUUCAUGAAUGGAUUUUCGGGGCAGAUUUUAUUUGAGCGAUGGUGCAUCGGCCUAUACAAUGUGAUUUUCACAGCAUUGCCUCCCUUUACCUUGGGAAUCUUUGAACGGUCCUGCACUCAAGACAGCAUGCUUAUGUUUCCUCAGCUCUACAAAAUUACUCAAAAUGCUGAUGGGUUCAAUAGCAGGGUUUUCUGGGGUCACUGCAUCAAUGCCUUGAUCCACUCCAUCAUUCUCUUUUGGCUUCCACUGAAAGCACUGGAACAUGAUGCAGUAUUUACAAAUGGCCAGAGCGUAGAUUAUCUGUUUGUUGGGAACAUCGUUUAUACAUAUGUUGUGGUGACAGUCUGUUUGAAAGCUGGUUUGGAAACCACAGCUUGGACAAAAUUCAGUCACUUGGCUGUGUGGGGAAGCAUGCUGCUAUGGCUGGUGUUCUUUGGAGCCUACUCGUGCAUCUGGCCUGUCAUCCCUAUUGCCCCGGACAUGCUUGGACAGGCAGGAAUGGUGCUGAGAUGUGGCUACUUCUGGCUUGGUUUAUUUUUGGUGCCCACAGCGUGCCUUGUUAAAGACGUGGCGUGGAGAGCGGCCAAGCAUACCUACCAUAAAACUUUGCUGGAACAGGUUCAAGAGUUGGAAACUAAGUCCAAAGAGAUGGGGAAAUCUAUGCUGCGUGAUAGUAAUGGAAAGAGCGUGAAUGAACGCGACCACUUGUUAAAAAGGCUUGGCAGAAAAACACCACCGAGUCUCUUCCGUGCUCAUUCUGUCCAGCAAGGAGUGCCACAUGGGUAUGCAUUUUCUCAAGAAGAACACGGGGUCGUUUCGCAGUCACAAGUUGUUCGGUCCUACGACACCACAAAGCAGAAAGCUGGACAAGAGUAGUGCAUUGCUCUCCCUUGUCUGGUGGUGGAAGUAAUGCCGUUUGGAUCAAUGUGUCCACUGUUAAUAACGUCCUUGACGAAGGUUGGCAACAGCAGUCUAAACACCAGAAAAGCCCGUUACUGUGGCCUUAGCCAACACGUUUGUUAUGUAUUCUUCUUGCAAACCUUGAGCACACAUGGUGGGAGGGGGGGCGUGAAAAUCAUCAUUUGAAGUCAGCCUGCCUUGCUCUGCCUAACAUUUCUUUAUGUUGUUUAUGUAGCAUUUGGCUGUGCUACAUGAGGUGUGAAAUUGGAAACAUUUUGUUUUUACCUCCAUUAAAAAGGGAGGGAAAUAUCCAUAUGCACAGCACUUGGAGGAAAGUAAAGAGGUUAUAUGUUCCAUGACGAAUCUGCUUUUGCUUAAUUCAAAUAGGAGUGCUGGCAUUUCCUGUUUUGUCAUGCCCAGAUUCAACUGCGCAGGGCUGCAUGUAUGAAACCUUCUUUUAUAAUACUCAGUGUUUAUUUGACUGAAAUGUUUGUGGACAGAGCUGGAGGGGGGCACUUAGUUUGCUGUUGCAGGGAAACAAACCCAUCGCAGAGAACCAGGAAAGAAACCAAGCCUGCAAGAGGAAGAAUAAGCUCCCUAACAAGACAAACCGUAUAAAAUAGGUCAGAGAAAUAUUUAGUUAUUUACACACAGACAGACACACACUCACAAGUUAUCUUCAGUCACAAAUAUCUAUCCAUUGCCCUAGUCGUCUGCAUGGCAGGACGUGGAUGCUGUUUGCAUGGCAUUCUGCUUGAGACGUGACUCAAACGACAGCUAAAAUGCAGCCUUGUGUUUAUUGCUGGGGUACAUGAACGUAUGAAGCUGCCUUACCCUGAAUCAAGCCAUGGGUCCAUCCAAGUUAGUAUUAUUUACCUAGAGCAGUGGCUCUCCACGUUCUCAGGCUUUCACAUCACGUCCUCAAUGUUCUUUUUAAUUGGAGAUGAUGAGGAUUAAGGUUAGAUGCUCUACCCCACUGCCAAGCCAUGGCCCCUUCUCAAUCUGAAUGCAGUCUACAGGUUUUGGCUCUGGGCAUUCCAGCCCACAGAAACAUCUUCUAGCUGUACACAAACCAUUCAAAGGAAUGCUCCAGUUUCAAGGGGGAGGUGUAAAAUGAGUUUAGGUAUUUUGCUUCCCAGCUCUUUUUAUUUCUACUGGCCUUUCUUACAGUGUUUUAAAAGAUGGUGCCUUUAUAUCUGUUAGAACUAAAUGAGAAUUUUGGGAGGCAGAACACAUGAACUUAUGAAGGUGGGCUUCUACCGAGUCAGACCUUGGAUCUAUCAAGGUCAGCAUUGUCUGCUCAGACUGGCAGCAGCUCUCCAGAGACUCAUGCAGAGGUCUUUCACAUCAGCUCCCACCUGAUCCUUUGAACUGGAGAUUCCAGAGAAUGAACCUGAAACGUGCAUUCUAAUCUGAGUAAGAAUUCAUUUCAGUUAUACUUCUGAAAUCCUCCUCAUCCAGAUUUUUUCUGGGAAUUCUGACCUAUCUGCUUUUGUUUCCAAACUGGUUCACCAGGCAUCCUCCAUCCUUCCAUUUUUUUAUUAUCCACGUUUUGCACAGAGUUCUUUACAUGCACAGUUUUCCAAAACUUUCCAUUGCUUUGGUGUCUUCUCCCCCCAUUACUUGCGUACAUUUAUGUUCUUAUAAAACACUACACAGAAGCAGUCUUGAUAGGGUUGUAUAUACAAUUGUACCAGAUGUCUUUUUUGUUUGGCGAUCUAAAAAUGCACAGGUGUGCACAUGCAGAUCAGUAAAAUAUCAAACAAAAAAGAAGCCUAAUGUAAUCAUA